CAGUUGUAGUGGAUGUUGUCUGAGGUGCACCGACCCCCACCCGCACACCCUCGCUCACCUCACCACCCGCUCCUGCACCUGGGAUAAAGCCAUAUCUUUCUCAGGAAGUCAACGGCGAACACGCAGUUGUUUUUGCUAGUUGUCCUGGUUUGAAAAGCGGGACACGUGUCACUGACUCUUUAGCAUGUGUCAGUUAAGCUAGAGAUCGGAAAGUGAACUCGAGAUGUUGCAGUGUAGAUUGUCAGUGAUGCAAAGGCGAAGUGUGAAAUAGAAAGUGAUCGUGUUAGUGAAACAUUGCUCGUGUUAAAACAUGGUGACACAGGCAGCGAGCAAGUGCAUUAAUAAAGUAUAGAGAGACUCGCACCUUGCCUCGAACCACCAUGAAGCUGAAGGAAAAAAGGUACAGCUUCCACUUGGACAUUACAAAGUCUCUCAUAGAUUAUGAUGGAGCUAAGCUGAAAAAGCAACUGUUCCGGAGCGCUCAGCAACAGCAGGGAGGGCCCAACCACCAGCCGAUACAGUUGCUCGCUCAGCAGCAGUAUUUGGCUGCACAGGCUGCUCAACAGCAGGGCUUGGCAGCACCAGCAGCAUUUAGUGCACCAUAUGUGAUCAAUGCCCAGGAGCCAUACGUGGGGACCCUAAUAACUGGUCCGACAGCAGUGAUUCCUCAGUACUAUGGGGUGCACUGGGGCGUGUAUCCAGCAAAUAUCAUCCAACAGCAGGGACCGGGUGGUCAGCCCAGGAGACCAAUCUCUCCAUCGCAAACCAGUGAAGUUACCAAUCAAAGCAAUGGUAACUUGGCAGCGGCUGCAGCUGCAGCAGGCAACUUACAGGGACCACUUUCACAAUAUCAGCAGGUAAUCCCAGCCUAUUAUGAUCAAAAUGGGGCAGUUUUGAUGGGCAACCUCCGAGGAGUAGGUAAUGGUGCCCCAGUACGACUUGUCUCCCCUGCACCAGUUAUUAUCAAUGGUGCCAAUGGAGCUCAGGCUGCUGCUGCCAAUAACAUGAGGCUACUAGGAAACCAGGCACCCCAGAUAGGAACUCCACCAGCCUCCAUCUACAACAACAGCCAGACUCCGAGCCUAAACAGCACCCAGACCUUCACUGGGAACACACUUGCUGAUUCCCUCUCGCAAGGCCUGCAGACUUCCAAUGCACUAACAGGCAACAACUACUCGUUGGGUCUGCAAACUAGUAGUCUAGGUUUUGGCAAUAGCACCCUGGGCACCAUUGGAUCCCCUGCUAUUGGCAAUUUAGGUGGUGGUCUUGGAGGUAGCAUGGGGCGACGUGAUUCCUUAGACCGUACCACUUCAGUUCUGUCACCACUUUCUCAAGAUUUCCGAAGUGGCAAAUGGACGAGCAACUAUGGAGCACUUGGUACAGUUACCGCAUCCCCUGGGCCUAUUGGUCUAACCUCUGGUAGCCUGACACCACCCCCAAGCCUCAGUAACACCUCUUCGGCACUGCCACUAGGUGCCCUAAUGUCUGGUAACCGUGUCAUCUCUGCUGCACCAGGAGCAGAAGCAAAGUUCCGAAAUGGUUCCACAAAUGGAAUGUUCACUUCUGGCGGAUCCUCAUCCUUAUUCCCACCCAUAAAACGAAACCUGAGCUUGGAAAAAUGUACUGGUCGCUCACGCUUACUGGAGGACUUCCGAAACAAUCGAUUCCCCAACCUGCAGCUCAGAGACUUGGCCAACCACAUAGUGGAAUUCAGCCAAGACCAGCAUGGUUCCAGGUUCAUUCAACAAAAGCUUGAACGAGCAACACCAGCUGAAAAGCAGAUGGUAUUCAACGAAAUCCUAACAGCAGCUUAUUCUUUAAUGACUGAUGUGUUUGGUAAUUACGUGAUUCAGAAGUUCUUUGAAUUUGGAACCCCCGAGCAGAAGACUGUCUUGGCAAACAAGAUUCGUGGCCACGUUUUGCCUUUAGCACUACAGAUGUAUGGAUGCCGUGUGAUUCAGAAGGCUCUUGAGUGCAUUACUCAGGACCAGCAGAAAGACAUCGUGCGUGAACUGGAUGGCCAUGUCCUCAAAUGUGUUAAGGAUCAGAAUGGCAACCAUGUCGUGCAAAAAUGCAUUGAGUGUGUGGAUCCCAUGGCCUUACAGUUUAUCAUCAAUGCUUUCCAGGGGCAAGUCUUCACCCUCUCUACACAUCCCUAUGGUUGCCGUGUUAUUCAGCGUAUCUUGGAGCACUGCACUGGAGACCAAACGUCCCCAGUGCUUGAGGAGCUACACCAACAUACCGAACAGCUGUUACAGGAUCAGUAUGGCAAUUAUGUCAUCCAACAUGUGCUUGAGCAUGGAAAACCAGAAGAUAAGAGCAAGAUCGUUGGCGUGGUGCGUGGCGGGGUUCUAAAGCUCUCUCAGCAUAAAUUUGCCUCAAACGUAGUAGAGAAGUGUGUGACGCAUGCUACCCGUGCCGAGAGGGCCAUGCUCAUUGAAGAGGUAAAUAUGAUUGAGGUGUGUGGAUAUAACGACAAUGCACACAGCUCUCUGCUGAUGUUAAUGAAGGAUCAGUAUGCUAACUAUGUGGUGCAGAAGAUGAUAGAUGUGGCUGAACCUGCCCAGCGAAAAAUGCUCAUGCACAAGAUCCGCCCACACAUUUCAACUCUCCGCAAGUAUACUUAUGGUAAACACAUUUUGGCUAAGUUAGAGAAGUAUUUCAUGAAGAAUGCCCCUGACUCCAUGGGACCUAACAUGACCAGCCCUCUCUAAGCUGGAGUCGUACCACCACCUGCCACAUCCCACUUUUCCAUCGAGGGAGAAAGCCAUAAGAAAAAAAAAAGAAGAGGAGGAGAGAGUUUAAAAAAAAAGAAAAAAAAAAACAUUUUUUAUGUAAACAAUUAAACGAAGAAUUCAUUCUUGAAAUUUUCUGAGCACGAAGUUUUUAUCAUGAAACUGAUGUUUGUGGUGUGAUGCACUUGAUUUAGCUUUUUUGAUGUUUUCCAUUAUACAUGAAGUGUAUAAUCCAAAAGAUUGUUCAUAGCCUUAUUGAUUGAUGGAAUAUGAUAUUCAGAGGUCUAUGUUUUUGUUUCGAAACACAAGCAUAAUCAGUCGGGUCUGAUUGCACGGACUAAAUAAUUUUAUAAUUUUUUUUUUUUUUUCUUUUUCUUCUUUUUAAAACAGAAUAAAUUGAUUAGUUGGCCUUACAAGAAGGUUCAUAGAUGAUAUAUAAGAUGCUGAAAAGCAAUUUUAAUUGCAAGGUGUUAUUAUUUAUAUUGUUUUCCCCUUUUUUACUGGAAAAAAUUAGGAGGAAUAAAUUAGUUCAUAUGUGGAAUGGUAUUACAAAAUCCUUUAAUUUUAUUGAGUUAAUAUGUUAUUGCUAUUGAUAAGCAUAUCUUAAAAUUUGUGUAUCAAGGUAAUUAUGGUUCUACCUUGACUUUUCUGAUCUUUGAAGAUGAGAAGAUUUUAUGUGACAGUGAAUACAGUAUGAUUUUCUGCAAAAAAAAAGAAAAAAAAAAGAUCACUAUUGAUAACAGGAAGAGUUAAAUUAACAUUAAUUCAAACUUAUUUUGGUGUGCCCUUAAUGCAUAGUAACUUUUCAGCUAGGCUCUUGUAGUUUGAUAGAGCAUGUUAUUCAUUAUUGUGGGCUUGUGGCUAUUUGCAUGAUUUUGCUGUAGUGAGCUUUUCCCAUAUAUAUCAAUUUUGAAUCUUAGACAUAUACCUGUUUGCCACUUUUUACCCAAUUGGUAAAUGUUGUUACCUACUGUUGUAUUGCUCUUUCUUUCAUAUAAGUAGUGGUGUAUAAUGUUAGGAUUUAGAAGCCAUGUUUGCCUGGGCAGGCCAAACCAUGGUACUUCUGAAGUGAUUGAGGUAGAGCAAGUGGAUGGCAGCCCAUUUCUGAGUUCUGGACAAGGUGACGACUAAUCCUGGCCCCUGAACUAGCAUCUGCACCCUAGGACACUGGAUGUAGAUGUAGACCUUGCAAAACAAAAAUAAAGAGCCUGGCACAGAUAAUAAUUUUUUUUAGGGGAGGGACAGUGUAACGCUCAAAUUGCUGGCUGGUGUUGCUUUGUAUGUUACCAUGACCAAGUGGAAAAGUGGCCAUGUGCACCAAACAACUGAAGAUGUGCAUUUGUGCGAAUGAGCGUAAGUGACUGCAUGUUUGUGUGUGUGUGUGAGAGAGAGCAUGUGAGAAUAUAAAGGGAGUGUGAGGUGCCUGCCCUGCCCGCGUCCUAAUUUAGGAACGGGACUCUGCCCUCGUCCAGCCAAUGGGUCAACUUGGCCUAGCGCAUUGUAAAAUUUGAUGUACAUUGUAUCAACUGGUAUAUAUAAAGGCAAUUUCAAUAUGUAAUAUUGGGCAUUACUGUAUAAAUCUGUACAGUUGAAUAUUCUAUAUUUUCUUACUUGUUUGUGUGUUUGUAAUGUCAGUGUGAUACUACAAUACCACCAAUAAAUCAGGCACAGUUCUGGCAAGUCCUGCCUGUGUGCUAGUAGACUGGUGUCUGGAUUAUAUAUUAUACAAAUUUCAAUCCAACACUUUCACUAAACAACCUUUUGUCUCACCAGCUGCAAAAGAAUUAGGACACUGGCACAUGUACUGCAUCUUAAGAUCAUUUUUAGGACCAGGGACACCUCCCCAUCUAAGGUAUGCCUGACAAGGUCCUGUUGCAGUGCACAAUUCGGUAGUGGCCCUGAGACUGUCGUUAUGAGCUUGGGGCACAGAAAUAUCCUUCUCACCAUCACCAGGAUGUGUACAGUUAAUAACGUGCCCCCUCAUACCAGGUCUUUGGGCCACUGUACCUUAGCCCACCUUUUGGGCUAAAACUACCAUGCUGCUCAAACUCUUUCAGACCAGCAUGCAUAUUAAGGCUAACCACUUCACACAUUUGAUCUUGGUUUUGCUGGUUCUGGGAUGUAAUAAGCAGUCUUAAUAUCUGUUAAUCUUGUAUCUUUGUAUCCCUGUACUUCAGCUCAUGCAGGCUGGAACAGGCCCAUGUGUUUAUACUGUAGAGCUCCUGCCCUUGCCAAAAGACCUAACAUUGUCAAAUUGUAAAUUCUGUGAAUAUUAUUGAAUUUUUUUUGAGGAGGCCAAUGUUGCGGCAUGUAAUGUAAACAUUUUGUAAUAAAUUAGUGUACAGAAAAUGCUGAUGUGUACAUUUGGAACAUGUACCUUUUGUAAACGCCAUAUUGUACAGAGCACAUGGUGAUAUACUCCUGAGCUGUGUUACUGCUGUAUAGUAAAUUGUACAUAUUGAUUAUGAAGCAAGAUCUUAGCUUGGCCUGUACCUGCCUGUUGAGCACUAGUUGUAUAUUGCAUAUGUAGAUGUAAUUUUCUUGUAAACUGUAUUUUGUAUAUGUCCUAAGCUAACAGUAGUUGGUGUAAUAUUUACUGUCUUGAUCUCACAAUUCCUGCGGGGAAGAUGUGAAGUGUGACAAUUUUGGUGAUUUUUGCCUUGCUUGUGGUCUGCCAUCUUGGUUUGGGUCUUCAAUAAUUCACAUUUGCAUUUUAAUAUGCCUUUAAUCUAAUUCAGAACUUAAGAAAAAAAAAAACAUUUUCACACUUCUCCAUGGAAAUGCUCUCUCCCCCGACCUUGACUCCUUGGUUCUGUAAUUGACUUUCUUAAAAUUGACUGUCAAAUCAACAAGCAAUUGAUCAAGAAUUUAUGGUUAAUUAGGGGACCCAGUUGUCAUAAACUGUACAUCUAUGUACAUUUUCAUAUUUGUAACCUUUGUUUGCUUUAGAUGUAGACGGACAUGGUCUUUUGACCCAAUUUUUGGCACCAGCUUCUCUCUCUCGAAGUUUUUAUUGUGUUCAUAUAUUCAUUCAAACUAUGUAUUCUUGUUCAAACUUCACUUUGGACACUUUAAAUGCUGAAGUGUUUGCACCAUGUCUGUUGAUAUUAGCAGUUAUUAAAAUCGUUUUGUGUAAUUUUUGUAUUGUUUGUAUUAGUGUAGUUAGCCUAGAGGUGUGCUAAUUGGCCACAGGGCCUGUCGCCCUGAAGCAGUAGGGAUGUGGUGGUACUCUAAGUUGUCUCCUUUACUACAGCCCGUGUAUGUAUGGUGGUGGAGGUGGUAUGGUCUUAGUCACUAUUCUUUGUACCUAAUUGCAUACCCCAGUAUGUGUAAAAUGAUUCGAAUAAUAGUUUUCGAGUAGUUUUAUUACAUAAUGCUGUCACAUACUGCUGCCUUCGAAAGAGUUACAGUCCUUUGAGCCAUAACGCCAGACUUUUGUCAUCCAGGCCACACUAGCGUGUACGUAGGACGUUUUCAACUGUAUUAUAUGUAAAAAUGUAUCUUAUACAAUAUGUAUAAAAUGGAGUGAUGCAUUCCAUUUGAACAUCCAAGGUUUUUCUACCCAAUGUUGAAAGGUGAACAGUCCGACGGCCAACCGCUCCAGUUAGCUAUCCUCUGCCAGCAUUGUUUCUAGCGUUGUUACUGUUACUGGCCAGGUGGAGGUAUGGCUUGGCCUCGUUACCCUUUCUCUCUUGCCACCAUAACACCUGUUGCUCUAGGUUUGUUCGCUAUCCCUGUAACUGAUAUAGGAAGUGAAUGGCCUGAAAACUCGUGAAUCCUACAAGCUGUAGACAACUAAUCCCCUUGCACCAGUGCCCAUAAUCUUCACACUCGCAAUUUAAACUCCAAUAAUUGACUUGACCACUGUGCUAAAAUAUUUCAAUCUCCAACAAAACGUCACUACAAACAUUUUAACCACGGUUCUAAACUUUAGUGAGAGUACCAUACAAGAUCAAGAGACAGUGCCUUGCCACUACUGCUUGUUAGUGAUGCGCGAGGGGAGCGAUUGGAGGAGAAAGGGUGGCAGCCCAGGAGGAGGGUGGGGCUGGGCCAACCAUAAACCGUGUGGGCUGGCGCCGGCUGGUUGCAGCACCCACCAAAGUGCUGUGUACAAUCUUUUAAAAUAACUAUCGACCGGAGGUAGGGAUUUUUUUCGUCCCUUUCUCUACGCUGUCCCACACAUUUUUAACUUUGCUCACUAGAGGAUUUGUGCAUAUUAACGUUAAAUUUUCGUUUCUUCGUAUCCUUAAAGAGCGAUUUCUCCCAUCAGUUUUCGAGUACCCAGCUUCACUGUACCAUAUUUCCCAUGACUUUCUUGAAUCCUUUAUAUUAUAAUCUCCCUCCUCCAGAGAGUCCAGCCCGGCGCUAAAACUUAUCACCAUUUAUCAGUUCUGUGAUGUACAUGCUGUAUCAUAUGUAAUGGUCUACUCCAUUAAUAAACUUUCUGUAAUGUGA